GACAAGGAGGAAAAAAAGAGAAAGUGGUGUAGGGUCUGUCUCCUUCGGGGACCGGGACUCAGAUUUGGAAUGCAUGCUGGCGUUGUUAAAGUCCUAGACCUGAUCAGGUGUUGGUGUGAGGAUGGACCUUCUUCCAGCACACCUGAGUUAAAGUGUUGAGGUUUACCUGAGGACCGUUGUGGAUCCUGGGCCAGAGAGGAAGUCCAGGCAUCAGCAUGGCCGACCACAUACCUGGAGGAAUAGUAGCAGCUGCAAAGAAGCGUGUCCAGGUGGUGAAAGGCCUGGAGGAUGUGGAAGUGAGCGAGUGCCAGAGCUGCUCCCUGGAGGUGACCCUCAACUUGGCCUACAUGGAGGGAGUGUGGACCCGGGACGGGCUCCAGCUCAAGUCCAAGCCCAACUGUCGCAUGAGCGCACACGGGAAGACGCACGCCCUCAUACUGAGCCGCGUAUCUCUGGCGGACGCCGGCCUGAUCUCCUUCCACACCGACGGCAUCGAGACGUCUGCUCGACUAUCUGUCAGAGCCCGGGACAUCCAGGUGCUAAAGGAGCUGGAGGAUGUGGACACCAUGGAGCGCCAGUCCGUCAGCUUCCUGUGUGAAGUCAACUUGGAGGACGUGGAGGGCCGCUGGUACAGGGACGACUGCAGGAUCCGACACGGGGACAACAUAAAGAUCAGACAUCAGGGUCAAAUCCACACCUUGUCUUUUAAGUCUGUCAGACCGGAGCACGCUGGCCAGAUCCGAUUCUUUGCCCAGCGGGUCUGGUCUUGUGCCACUCUUACAGUCAAAGAGCUCCCGGUCCAAAUAGUGCGCCCCCUGAGGGUCAAGAUCGCCAUGUACCACCACAGAGGUCUGCUGGAGUGCCAGGUGUCCCGGGCCAACGCUCAAGUCCGAUGGUACAAGAACAGGCGGGAGCUCCAGUCCGGCAAGAAGUACCAUCUGAUCUGCCAAGACGUCUUCAGGCAGCUCACCAUCGACGACGUAUGCUCCUCGGAUGAAGACACCUACGUCUGCGACGCGGGAGACGACAAAACAUCUUGUCAGCUUCUGGUGGAGGAGCAGGCUAUCAGCAUCAUUCGGGGGAUGAGCUCCGUGGAAGUGAUGGAACCGGAGCCUGCGCUCUUCCAAGUGGAGACCAGCCUUAAGUCCGGGAGACCGCCCAGGUGGACCCUGAAUGGCAAAGUGCUGGAGCCCAGCGAAGAGGUGGAUAUCUACAGGGAGGGAACCCUGCACAGCCUGUGCCUCGUUUCCACAGAGACCUCCAUGUCGGGGCCGGUGGUUUUCGUCGCUGGCAAGAGUCGUUCUUCUGCUCAGCUUACAGUGCAAGAGAGACCCCUCCAAGUUGUGCGCGGUUUGGAGGACGUGGAAGCCAAAGAGAAGAGCUCUGUGACGCUGCGCUGUGAGUUUGCGCCCUCCCCCAGGGCGGUGCGCUGGUUUAAAGGUCGCACGGCUCUGAAGACCUCAAACAAAUACCGCAUGAGGCGAGAGGGCAGGGGUGCGGAGUUGACCAUCCACGGGUUGGUUGCAAUGGACGCGGGCCAGUAUCGCUGCACGGCCGGGGGCUCGCAGAGCACGGCGCAUCUCAAAGUCGAAGUGCGGAAGCUGAAGUUGGUGAGACGCCUCGAACCCGCGGAAAUCGAGGAGGACGGCGUCGCCACUUUUGCAUGCGAGCUCAACUACGUGGUGGCCCACGUGGAGUGGCUCCUCAACAACGUCCGCCUCUACUCCAACGCCGUCAACAGGAUCCAGCACAUGGGCACCAUGCACAGCCUGACCAUGAAGAGACCCAGGCCCCAGCACAGCAGGAUUACCUUCAAGACCGGCCUCCUUUCUCAGACGACCACUCUGAACGUCAAAGAGCGACCUGCAGUCUUCCUAAAACCUCUGGAAGAUGCAGUUGGAGAAGAGCAAGGGGAGGUCUGCCUCCAGUGUGAAGUUUCCAAAGAGUCUGUGAUCCCAGUCUGGCGUAAGGAUGGCAUUGUCCUGAGAACUGAUGAGAAACAUGAGCUGUGCCAGUAUGGGAAGUCCAUGGCGCUGAUUAUUCAUUGCUUGAGCAAAGAUGACGCCGGACAUUACACCUGUGAUCUGGGUACCAGCCAGACCAAAGCUAAAGUUUCUGUACACGACCUGCAUAUCACUCUUGUGCAGCGCUUGAAGACAACGUCUGUGUUAGAAGGUGGAAACUGUUAUUUUGAGUGUCACCUUUCCCACAAUCUCAGUGAUGAGCCCUCCUGGACCCUAAACGGUCAGGUGGUUGUCUCCAACACUCGUUUCCAGGUUGUAAACAAUGGUCGCAAGUACAAGUUGACCAUAAAAGACGCGGUUCUAUCUGACGCUGGUGACGUAGUCUUUACAAUCAAGGACCUAAGCUGCAGGACUGUGCUCUUUGUCCAAGAGAGACCAGUGCACAUUUUUAGGGAUCUCCUUAAUGUCAAGACUGUGCCAGGUGAGGAUGCAGAGCUGAGCUGUGAGAUCACCAAACCCGAGGUCACCAUCCAUUGGCUGAAAAAUGGUCAUUUAAUAAGACAGAAUCCCAAUUAUAGGAUGAGUGUAGAGAAGAAUCUGGCAAGGCUGAUAAUUAAGAACACCACAAUCAGGGAUUCGGGGGAAUACUGCUGUCAGGCCGAUGGGGUUGCAUCUCGUGCCAAGCUAGAGGUUAGAGAACUUCAACACACCUUUGCGAGGGAGUUAAGGGAUACCCAAGCAGAGGAAAAGGGUAAAGUGACUCUCGAGUGUGAGACAAGACGGCCAGCCAAGCGAGUGACCUGGUUGAAGGGCAUGAUGGAGCUGAGGUCUGGUAGGAAGUAUGUCAUGAGGCAGAAGGGUGUGCUGCUGUCACUCACCAUCACCUAUCUGGAGAAGUUGGACACGGAUAUCUACACGUGCGAUGUCGGGACCAUGCAAAGCCGUGCACAGCUGACUGUGCAAGGUCAGAGAGUGGUGAUCCUGGAUGAACUGGAGGACGUUGAGUGCCUUGAAGGCGACACUGUCACGUUCAGGUGCCAAAUCUGUCCCAGUGACUACACAGGCGUGAAGUGGUACCUGGAUGAGACUUUGCUCUACAACAAUAAGCUGAACGAGAUCCAGAUGUUGUCGGGGGGCUACCACACCCUCACGUUUAGACAGCUGGCACGCAAAGACACUGGCACCAUCUCCUUUGCAGCCAGCGACAAACGAUCCUACGCCUCGCUGUUGGUGAGAGAGAGACGUCCGACCAUCUGCAAAGCGCUAGAGGACUGUGAGGCUAUCGAAGGAGGCGGUCUGGUUUUGUUUUGUGUGACGUCGAAGCCGUGUCACAUCAUGUGGUACAAAGACGGCUGCCUGAUGUGGAGCUCGUCGAGGUAUUUUGCGAGCCGUUCGGGGUGUGAGGCUAGACUGACCAUUCGGGAGGUCUCUCAAAGUGACGCCGGGGUAUAUGAGUGCAGUGCUGGGUCUGUCACAACAAGGGCUGUAAUCACCGUCAAAGCCAUCCCAGCCGAGUUCACUCAGCCUCUACAGAGCGUGGAGGCCCAAGAGGGUGAGACUGCUACCCUGACCUGUGAGUACUCUCUGCCGGGGGUCCAGUUUCACUGGAGAAAAGGUGUGGAGAGCCUCAGGUCCGGAGAUAAGUAUGUGAUGAAACAAAGAAAGACCAUCAAUUCUCUCAUAAUCCGAGCUCUCAAACCUGACGACUCGGGGGAGUACACGUGUCAGUGCAGAGGUCACCACACUACAGCAAGCCUCAAAGUACAAGCCAUUCCUGUUACAUUCACACAACACCUGAAGAACAUGCAAGCAGAGGAAGGCAGCAAUGUCAUAUUGCGCUGUGAACUCUCUAAGCCUGGAAUACCGAUAGAAUGGAGGCGGGGACAAGAAGCGUUGAGCAAUGGAGUGAAGUAUCAGAUGAGGAGAUGGGAGACAACCGUGGAGCUUUUGAUAUGGAAGGCUGUGCCCGAGGACAGUGGCGUUUACAAGUGCUUGUCCGCGGAUCAGCUAACAUCCGCCACUGUCAAAAUCACUGCUCAACCGCUCACCUUCAAGCAGAAGCUGCGCAACGUGACUAUCGAGGAGGGCAACACCGCGACUUUGCGCUGCGAGCUUUCCAAAGCGUCUCUCUUUGUGGAGUGGAGGAAGGGCGAUGAGCUCAUCAGGCAUGGGGACAAAUACCACAUUCGCCAGCGAGACUCGCUGAUUGAACUGAGGAUCCAGGAUGUGACGGCAGAGGACAGUGACAUCUAUACGUGCAUUUGUGGGAGCAUCGAGACCACGGCAACCGUCACUGUGAAUGUGGUCCCGGUCACCUUCAAGCAAAAGCUGAAGAACCUUCAGGCGGAGGAGGGACACAACGUCACGCUGUCUUGCGAGGUCUCCAAAGCUGGCAUGGCGGCGGAAUGGCGGCUGGCGGGGGAGAUGCUGGAGGAAGGAGAGAAGUACCAGAUGAAGCAGAGGGGAUGCAUGCUGGAGCUCACCAUCGCUGAGGCUCUACCAGAGGACAGCGGCGUCUACGUUUGUGUCUGUCGAGACCAGAAGACCAAGGCAACGGUUAAAGUCGUUGCGGUUCCUGCUACGUUUAAAGGGACGCUGAAAAACCAAGAGACAGACGAGGGCAAAAGUGUGACGUGGCGCUGUGAACUGUCCAAAAAGGACGCCACAGUCCAAUGGCAGAAAGACGGACAGGCGCUAUCCGAGGAGAUGUGGGCCAGGAAAUAUCAGAUCAAGCUGGAAGGGAAGACGGCCGAGUUGACCGUCGCCAACGUCCAAGUGGAGGACGCAGGAAGGUACUCCUGUGUCACAGGGGACGAGAGAACCAGCGCAGAGCUCAAAGUGAAGCCGCUGCCAGUCACCUUCAAACGACAACUCCAGAACGUGGAGGUGAAGGAAGGCGGCAGGGCGGUUUUGUGCUGCGAGCUCUCCAAGCCUGGGGCUCCUGUGGAGUGGCGGCGAGGACGAGUGCAUCUGAAGAGCGGAGGCAAAUACGAGAUGAGGCAGGAGGGGCCUUACACCAAGAUGACCGUCAACAACGUGGAGGAGAGCGAUGCCGGGAAAUACAUCUGCAAGACCAAAGACAGCCAGUCGUCUGCCGAGCUCACAGUCCAAGGUUUGGCGCCACGUUUCACGCUGCUGCUGACAAACCAGGAGGCCGUGGAAGGCAGCAGCGUGUUUUUACGCUGCCAGCUCAACAAAGCCGCCUCCUCGGUGGAAUGGAGGAGAGGAGGCUUGCUGCUGAGGCAGGGGGACAAGUACCAGAUGAGGAGGAAGGAUUUGCAGCUGGAGAUGACCAUUGGACAGGUGGACCUGGACGACGCCGGGGAUUACACCUGCACGUGCGGUCAGGAGAGUACCACAGCCCGGGUGGCCGUGAAUGAACGACCUGUCCGGUUCCUCCGAGAGCUGAGUAACGUGGAAGUGCAGGAGGGCAACGCCGUAGCUCUCUGCUGCCAGCUGUCCAAAGCGGGGCUGAGCGCUCAGUGGAUGAAAGGAGAGCGAGUGUUAACCAACGACGAGAACUACCAGCUGACACAAAGAGGCUCCACCAUGGAACUACUCAUCAGGAAGAGCCAGCCCGAGGACAGCGGCCUGUACUGCUGCGUCUGUCAAGACGUUAAAACAACCGCUACCAUCAUAAUCACCGCAAUUCCAGUGAUUUUCAAACAAAAGCUGAAGGACCAGGAAGUGGUGGAGGAGAGCAGCGUGAUACUCCACUGCGAGCUCUCCAAACCAGGAGUCCCGGUUGAAUGGCGUAAAGAUGCUCAACUCCUGAACGAGGGUGCCAAAUAUCAGCUAAAGCAGGAGGGCAGGGUGUGUGAGUUGCUGAUGAGAGACGUGACGCUCAAGGAUGCUGGUGAAUACAGCUGCUCUGUUGGUACAGCUGUGACGUCAGCUGAUAUCAAAGUAAGAGAACUUCCUGUCACGUUCAAGCAAGAAAUUCAGAACUUGGAGGUGAAGGAAGGUAACAGUGGAGUUUUCUGUUGUGAGUUGUCCAAACCUGGAGCUCCGGUGGACUGGAGGAAAGGAAGAGUGAUCCUAAAGCCGGGUUAUAAAUACGAAAUGCAGCAGGAGGGACAUUUCACCAAACUUUUCAUCAACAACACAGAGGAGAGUGAUUCUGGGAAAUACACCUGCAAGACGAAAGACACCCAGUCAACUGCUGAGCUGCUGGUAAAAGCGCCUCCUAUCAUGUUCAAAACCAAACUGAAGAACCAGCAAGUGGAGGAGGAGAGCAGCGUGACCUUGACGUGUGAACUGUCCAAACCUGGCCUUGCUGUGGAGUGGAGGAAGGGACAAGAGCUACUGAAAAAUAAUUUCAAGUAUCAGAUAAAAAAUCGAAACAGCAUGUUGGAGCUCACUAUUAAAAACAUACAACUGGAGGACAGCGGGGUCUACAGCUGUGUCUACGGCGACGUCAAGACCAUAGCCAACAUCGAUGUUACACCUAUCCCCCUCACCUUUAAGCUGGGUUUGAAGAACCAGGAAGCUGCUGAGGGAGGCAACAUAACCCUUAGAUGCGAACUUUCUAGGACUGGGGUAGCUGUGCAAUGGUGGAAGGGGGAGGACCAGCUGCAUCCAGGCGGAAGGUAUCAGAUGACUCUGAAGGAGAACAUAGCUGAGAUGAUCAUCAAAAACACCCAGCCGGAGGACGUUGGGGAGUACAGUUGUGUCUUUGGUGAGCAGAAGACCACGGCGGAAGUGAACGUGCGAGCAGCGGCAUCUGUGUUCUUCGUGAAAGAGCUGGACAGCCAAGCGGUGAUGGAGGGCAAAUCGGUGCUGCUGUCGUGUGAAGUUUCAAGCGCUAACGUCCCAGUCACUUGGAAGAAAGACAACGCUGUGGUUGAAGAGGACGGACGAGUGAUUAUAACAAAAAAAGGACCUACGCAUAUGCUUGAGAUCAAGCAGCUGUGUUUAGAAGAUGUUGGUGAAUAUUGUUGCAUCACCAGGGGAAAGAAGACCACUUCCAAGUUGGUUGUAAGAGAACGAGUGCGAAUUGUGACGGGGCUUAAAGAUGCUACGGUGACGGCGGGGGAGGACGCAGAGUUUGUGUGCGAGCUCAGUCACGUCAAUGUGAGCGAGGGUAUGUGGUGGCUCGGCUCCAGCCCACUGCAGAGGAACGAGAUGAACCAGAUGACAUGCCAGGGCCGUCAACACCGACUGCUGCUAACCAUGACAACACCUGAGGAGACGGGAAUCGUGGCAUUUGUGGUCGGGGAGGAAAGGACCUCCGCAAGCCUUCUAGUGGUACCAAAGGCCAAAGUUCUAUUUGAGGAGGUUCCUAAAGAUGUGACAAUCAUGGAGGGAGAGACAGCUACUUUGUCCUGCACAACCUCGGACUUCAGAAGCAAUGUUACCUGGAGGCGGAACCACAUCCCUCUCAAAAACAGCGAUAAAUUUGAAAUGCGAAAGGAAGGAAAAAUCAGCCUACUGCUCAUCCAUGCUGUGGACUCUCUGGAUGUUGGGGUCUACUGUUGCGAUACAGGAGACGUGCAGGCCACUGCCAAGCUUAGCGUGACAGAGCUACCUCCAUUUUUCCAGGAAGAGUUGCAGAGUGUUGAGAGUGAGGAGGGAAGCUCAGUUAUUCUGUACUGCGAGCUGUCCAAACUUGAGAUGCCGGUGCAAUGGAAAAAAAACAGACUGCCACUGCGGGCCGGCAGGAAGUACGAGAUGACACAAGAUGGCUGCCUUCUCCAACUUCACAUCAAGGAGCUGAAGCUUGAGGACAGCGGCAGCUACACGUGUCAAGUGGGAAGUGCGGAGACAACUGCAGCUGUUACAGUCAAAGAAUUGCCUCCAUUCUUCAAGAAAGAAUUGCAAAAUGUGGAGCUGGAUGAGGGAGAUUCAGUCUCUCUGAGCUGUGAGCUGUCUAAACCUGUAGCCCAAGUGCAAUGGAAGAAGAACCGACUGCCUGUGAGGGCCAACAGAACAUAUGAGAUGAAGCAAGAUGGCUGCCUCCUGCAACUCAACAUUAAAGAGACCAAACCUGAGGACAGUGGAAGCUACACGUGUCAAGCAGGAGGUGCAGAAACCACUGCAAAUGUGAGAGUGAAAGAACUACCAGCAUUUUUCAACGAAAACCUAGAGAAUGUAAAGGCUGAAGAGGGCGGUACUGCCUGUCUGUGUUGCGAGCUAUCAAAGCCAGAAGCCACGGUGCAGUGGAAGAAAAACAUGUUGCCUAUAAGAGCCGGCAGCAAGUAUGAGAUGAGGCAGGAUGGGUGCUUCCUCCAGCUACGUAUUAAGGAGCUUACACCUGAGGACAGUGGUCGUUACACAUGUCAAGCAGGAAGUGCUGAGACAACUGCCACUUUGUCAGUAAAAGAACUGCCUCCAUUCUUUGUGACAAACAUGCAAAAUACUGAGAUGGAAGAGGAAAGUUCAGUCUCUCUGAGCUGUGAGUUGUCUAAACCUGGACUGUCAGUCCAAUGGAAGAAGAAUGGGCUGCCACUGAGGGCCAACAGGAAGUAUGAGAUGAAACAAGAUGGCUGUCAUCACCAUCUCAACAUCAGUGAGCUAAAACUCGAGGACAGUGGCAUGUACACAUGUCAAGCAGGAAAUGCAGAGACAAAUGCAACUGUGUCCGUAAGAGAGCUUCCAAUGUCAUUCAACGCUGACUUAGAAAAUAGAGAGAUGGAGGAAGGAGAUACAGCCAUCUUGAGCUGUGAGUUGUCUAAACCUGGAGAGUCAGUGCAAUGGAAGAAAAACAGACUGCCCCUGAGGGCCAACUGGAAGUACGAAAUGAAACAAGACGGUUGCUUCCUUCAGCUCAAAAUUAAUGACCUCAAACUAGAAGACAGUGGACGCUACACAUGUCAAGCAGGAAGUGCAGAGACUGUAGCCACUUUGGAAGUAAAAGAGUUGCCUCUAUUGUUUGUGACUGAUUUACAAAGUACGGAGAUGGAGGUCGGGGGUUCUGUCUCUCUGAGAUGUGAGCUGUCCAAACCUGGAGUGUCAGUGCGAUGGAAGAUGAACAAAUUGCCUUUGAGGGCAAACAAGAAGUAUGAGAUGAAACAAGAUGGCUGCUUCCUUCAGCUUAACAUUAAUGAUCUCAAACCAGAAGACAGUGGAAGCUACACUUGUCAAGCAGGAAGCGCAGAGACCGUGGCCACUUUGUCAGUGAAAGAGCUGCCUCCAUCGUUUGUGACUGACUUAGAAAGUAUGGAGAUAGAGGAAGGAGGUUCUGUCUCUCUGAGAUGUGAGCUGUCUAAACCUGGAGUGUCAGUGCAAUGGAAGAAGAACAGACUGCCUUUGAGGGCAAACAAAAAGUAUGAGAUGAAACAAGAUGGCUGCCUUAUUCAUCUCAACAUUAAUGACCUCAAACCAGAAGACAGUGGAAGCUACACUUGUCAAGCAGGAAGUGUGGAGACCGUGGCCACUUUGUCAGUUAAAGAGCUGCCUCCAUUGUUUGUGACAGACUUAGAAAGUAUGGAGAUGGAGGAAGGAGGUUCUGUCUCUCUGAAAUGUGAACUGUCUAAACCGGGAGUGUCAGUGCAAUGGAAGAAAAACAGACUGCCCCUGAGGGCAAACAAAAAGUAUGAGAUGAAACAAGAUGGCUGCGUCCUUCAGCUCAACAUAACUGACCUAAAACCAGAAGACAGUGGAAGCUACACUUGUCAAGCAGGGAGUGCGGAGACCAUGGCAACUUUGUCAGUGAAAGAGCUACCUCCAUUGUUUGUGACUGAUUUACAAAGUAUGGAGGUGGAGGAAGGAGGUUCUGUCUCUCUGAGAUGUGAGCUGUCUAAACCUGGAGUGUCAGUGCAAUGGAAGAAGAACAGACUGCCUUUGAGGGCCAACAAAAAGCAUGAGAUGAAACAAGAUGGCUGCCUCAUUCAGCUCAACAUUAAUGACCUCAAACCAGAAGACAGUGGAAGCUAUACUUGUCAAGCAGGAAGUGUGGAGACCGUGGCCACUUUGUCAGUGAAAGAGCUGCUUCCAUCAUUUGUGACAGACUUAGAAAGUAUGGAGAUAGAGGAAGGAGGUUCUGUCUCUCUGAGAUGUGAGCUGUCCAAACCUGGAGUGUCAGUGCAAUGGAAGAAAAACAGACUGCCUUUGAGGGCAAACAAAAAGUAUGAGAUGAAACAAGAUGGCUGCCUCAUUCAGCUCAACAUUAAUGACCUCAAAACUGAAGACAGUGGAAGCUAUACUUGUCAAGCAGGAAGUGUGGAGACUGCGGCCACUUUGUCAGUGAAAGAGCUGCCUCCAUCGUUUGUGACAGACUUAGAAAGUAUGGAGAUAGAGGAAGGAGGUUCUGUCUCUCUAAGAUGUGAGCUGUCCAAACCUGGGGUGUCAGUGCAAUGGAAGAAGAACAGACUGCCUUUGAGGGCCAACAGGAAGUACGAAAUAAAACAAGAUGGCUGCGUCCUUCAGCUCAACAUAACUGACCUAAAACCAGAAGACAGUGGAAGCUACACUUGUCAAGCAGGGAGUGUGGAGACCAUGGCCACUUUGUCAGUGAAAGAGCUACCUCCAUUGUUUGUGACUGAUUUACAAAGUAUGGAGGUGGAGGAAGGAGGUUCUGUCUCUCUGAGAUGUGAGCUGUCUAAACCUGGAGUGUCAGUGCAAUGGAAGAAGAACAGACUGCCUUUGAGGGCCAACAAAAAGUAUGAGAUGAAACAAGAUGGCUGCCUCAUUCAGCUCAACAUUAAUGACCUCAAAACAGAAGACAGUGGAAGCUACACUUGUCAAGCAGGAAGUGUGGAGACCGUGGCCACUUUGUCAGUGAAAGAGCUGCUUCCAUCAUUUGUGACAGACUUAGAAAGUAUGGAGAUAGAGGAAGGAGGUUCUGUCUCUCUGAGAUGUGAGCUGUCUAAACCUGGAGUGUCAGUGCAAUGGAAGAAGAACAGACUGCCUUUGAGGGCCAACAAAAAGCAUGAGAUGAAACAAGAUGGCUGCCUCAUUCAGCUCAACAUUAAUGACCUCAAACCAGAAGACAGUGGAAGCUACACUUGUCAAGCAGGAAGUGUGGAGACCGUGGCCACUUUGUCAGUGAAAGAGCUGCUUCCAUCAUUUGUGACAGACUUAGAAAGUAUGGAGAUAGAGGAAGGAGGUUCUGUCUCUCUGAGAUGUGAGCUGUCCAAACCUGGAGUGUCAGUGCAAUGGAAGAAAAACAGACUGCCUUUGAGGGCAAACAAAAAGUAUGAGAUGAAACAAGAUGGCUGCCUCAUUCAGCUCAACAUUAAUGACCUCAAAACUGAAGACAGUGGAAGCUAUACUUGUCAAGCAGGAAGUGUGGAGACUGCGGCCACUUUGUCAGUGAAAGAGCUGCCUCCAUCGUUUGUGACAGACUUAGAAAGUAUGGAGAUAGAGGAAGGAGGUUCUGUCUCUCUAAGAUGUGAGCUGUCCAAACCUGGGGUGUCAGUGCAAUGGAAGAAGAACAGACUGCCUUUGAGGGCAAACAAGAAAUAUGAGAUGAAACAAGAUGGCUGCCUCCUUCAGCUCAACAUUAAUGACAUUAAAACAGAAGACAGUGGAAGCUAUACUUGUCAAGCAGGAAGUGUGGAGACUGUGGCCACUUUGUCAGUGAAAGAGCUGCCUCCAUCGUUUGUGACAAACUUACAAAGUAUAGAGAUCGAGGAAGGACGUUUGGUUUCUCUAAGAUGUGAGCUGUCCAAACCUGGAGUGUCAGUGCAAUGGAAGAAGAACAAACUGCCUCUCAGGGCCAACAAGAAGUAUGAGAUGAAAAAAGAUGGCUGCUUCCUUCAGCUCAACAUUACUGACCUCAAACCAGAAGACAGUGGAAGCUACACUUGUCAAGCAGGAAUUGCGGAGACCGUGGCCAGUUUGUUAGUGAAAGAGCUUCCUCCAUCGUUUGUGACAAACCUGGAAAGUAUGGAGGCGGAGGAAGGAGGUUCUGUCUCUCUGAGCUGUGAGUUGUCUAAACCCGGAGUGUCAGUGCAAUGGAAGAAGAACAGACUGCCUCUGAGGGCCAACAGGAAGUAUGAGAUGAAACAAUCUGGCUGCCUCCUUCAACUCAACAUUAUUGACAUCAAACCUGAAGACAGUGGAAGCUACACUUGUCAAGCAGGGAGUACAGAAACUACGGCCGCUGUUUCUGUGAAAGAGCUUCCUCCGUUGUUCAAGACAAAACUACAAAGUAUAAAGGCAGAAGAGGGAGCUACAGCCAUCUUAUGCUGUGAGUUGUCUAAACCUGCAGUGUCAGUGCAGUGGAGGAAGAACACAAUACCUCUAAAACCAAACAAGAAGUAUGAGAUGAAGCAGGAUGGCUGCAACCUUCAGCUUCAUAUUAAGGAGAUCCAUCCUGAAGACAGCGGAAGCUAUGCAUGUCAAGCAGGAAGUGCAGAGACCACUGGAACUGUAUCUGUAAAAGUCCCACCUAAGACCACCUCGCCAAAUGAAGAACCUCCUACAAAAAUGCCACGACGAAGGGGCAGUGCCUCGACCCCUACACCUGAGAAUGGCGUAGAUGUUCAGCCGGUUCCUCCAGAGCCCAGGAAGAGGUCAUUGCGAAAAGCGUCAGUCACAGUGUUAGAGCAAGAUAUAGAACCUGUAUUUAAAAACAAACAGCCUGCACUGGUCUUUCAAGGACAGAAGGAAAUCCAGAAUGUAAAAUCUGCAGACAGAGACUUUGAAAUUGCUCAGAAUGAAAAACAGCAGGAGGAUAAAAGUUACUGGGAUGAAAAGGUUUACAAAAGACCAGAUGCAUUACCUGAAAAGGAGAAAGACGUUGAAAAAGUUGACCUGAAGGAAAAAGAAACUGGAAAGCCGCAAGUGGAAAUUAGUCCCCCAGGCAAGAUUGUUGGAGACAACGUUGAAAAUCAGGGGAAACAGCCAUUUGAAUAUCUGGACAGAGGCCGAAAAGAGCAAGUGGAACCUUUUAAAGAGGCCAGUGAAAUUCAUCCAGAGACAGUGUUGUGGAAGAGAGUCGAGGAUGACAAAAAGACAGGGAAACCGCACAUUGGGAACAAAAUAACAUCGGAACAAGAAACCAAGUCAAUUGAGGAAAGUGAAGAGGAUUUGAAACCACUGGUGAGGUCAAAAGAAAAGGUUAGUGGAAGAGAACCUCUUGAAUAUGUUAACAAGGAAACAGAGAAGCUCUGUUUAACGCCAUUAAAAACUGCAAUCAAUGUUUCUCAGGAAGAAGAUAAACAGAGAGACUAUGUGAAACAACUAGAGACCACCGAUAGAGUAGAGGAGAUAAGAGUUCUGUCGCAAAAUCAGGAUAGCCGUUCCGUAGAAAUACUAAACAAAACUCAAGAUACAAAUGCUGGAUUUGGUCCUCCAAAGCCACCAGUGAGAUCAAAAAGCAAAACAAGGACAGGAAUAGAGAAACAGCAAUCAAGAGACACCGAGACAGAUCAAGAUGAGCAACUCUCAAGGAGUAUGCUGACAACAACAGAAGAUCAGCCACUAAAGCAACCAGCUAGGCCAUUAAAAGAAGAUAACUCAAGACUGGAACAAGGUCAGUCAGCACCGCCAGAUGCUGAAAUGGCUGAAAAACAGAAAACGCCUGAGAAGUCUAUGGUCACCAAACAGCUGAUCAAACAUCCGGUAAAACCCAUGAGAAAAGAACCCAAAGCUGACAAAGAAAUGGAUAAGGUAUCACUGGUAGAAAACGAUGAAAAUCAAGUAGUGAAAAUGACAGACGACAUUCCUCUCCUCUAUAUUUCUGAAGAUGAAACUUUCUCUGAAGCGUUGACAGAUAUCCCAGACAGCUACAGCAACGUCCAACCUUCUUGCUCUCCUGACCAAACAUCAACCCAGCCCUACAUCUUUCCUCCUGUUGUGGUUCUCCAGAAAACAGUCAAGGGUGCUUCACCAGAGACGUACACCAGCGCUAAAGAUGAACUACAAAUAAAAGAAACCGCAGCCAAAGAUUUGUGUCCAGUCUUAAAAGAGGUCUUUAAAAACCAGUGUCCAGAUGUUGGUGGUACCCUCAGUCUAAUGUGUACGGUAGAAGGACAAUAUGACACAGCGCGCUGGCUCAAAGACGGCCAACAAAUCAGUAGUGAUAAGCGUCACCAAAUCGAAGCCACAGAGGACGGUGUAUGCUCUCUUGUAAUCACCGAACUGUCCCUCACAGACAGUGGAAUCUACACAUGUGAGGUGGUCAAUAAAUAUGGAGUGACAUCCCACAAUAGUAACAUGACGGUGGUUCAACCCCAGCAGCCUGCUCCAACAGUUCAAAGGCCUGUGCACCCAACAUUUUCCGCCAUUACUCCUCUGCAACCGGCACCGCCAAAGCCUGAGGAUGAAACCCACAUUCAAGAUCAGUUUUCGACCUCAGCUACUGAUGCCGAUAACUAUGUGGAGAAUGUUGAUGUCUCUUUGUGGGAGGCCUACAACCUGACUGAGCAAGACAACCAGAUGAGCCUACAAGAGAAAAGAGCAUCCUCCCUCAUCACCAGCAGCUCCAUGUCAAGUCCAUCCGAUUAUGAGACGGCUCCAGAUGUGAUGGAACCUAUAGAAAUCUCUAUUAAGACCACCCCACCCAGAGAGCUUCCUCAAGCAACAGACCAAAUACCUCCAAAGUAUGUGGAUGAAGAUUCCCAACCACUUAAAGACUUACUAAAGGUCAAAGGAGCCCACGAAAGCCGAAUGAGAACGCAAUCUCCUAAACACAUUAGAACCCACACACCGCUAGCUAGCACGGUGUCUGGUUCCGAAUCUGAAGGGGAAGAAGAUCAACACGAGACUUUUGAAAUGUACGUGGCUCGAGCAGACUGCAACCCCAACAGUGGAAGUAAGGACAGUUUCCUUCUGAAGGAGGGUCAAUAUGUGGAGGUCCUGGACUCGGUCCAUCCAGACAAAUGGCUGGUGAGGACCAAACCCACCAAAACCAACCCUGCUCGCCAGGGAUGGGUGUGUCCGGCCUACAUGGAGAAGAAGAGAAAGGAGACCCUGGUGCAAUUUAGAGCACCUCAAGAGGAUCUUGAUGGCAUUGGUUCCACGGGGGAAGAGUACAGGAAGGCUUUAAGCCAGCUGAUCCAAGGCCUGAUCGACGGAGAGGAGGAGUUUGUGAAAGAGAUGAGGACGUUCAUUUCACAUCAGCUCAAGUACUUGGACUCGAGCCCUCACGUUCCUGUCAACAUCCUCAACCAGAAAGACGUCAUUUUUAGAAACAUAAAGGACAUCGUGGUUCUACACGAGAGCGGCAUCCUUCCCGGCCUGAGAGAGUGCGCUACAGAUGACGAUGUCGCCAUGCAUCUGAUCAAGUACUCUGAAGACUUUGAAAAGUACAUCCACUACAUGGCGGGACAAGCACACGCAGAGGCCUGCAUCGCAGAGAAAGUGACGCAAAAAUAUCUAAAGGAGUUACUAAGAUCUGGUAGGCCUGAUGCUCCUGUCAUGGAUGCCAUGACGUUCCUCCAAAGACCAAUUGAGAGGAUUCAGACCUAUCAAGCAUUACUAAAGGAGUUGAUUAAGAACAAGGCCAAAAGCGGUCAGAGCUGCUGUCUAUUGGAAGACGCUUUCUCCCUGGUGUCCUGUCUACCCUGGAGGUCGGACAACCUGCACCAGGCCUCCCUCAUCGAGAACUACCCCGCCCCCUUAACCGCCCUGGGAGAGCCCGUGCGACAGGGAGCCUUCACAGUGUGGGAGGAAGCUCCAGAAACCAAAACCACCUCACGAGGGCACCAAAGACAAGUCUUUCUUUUCAAAGAAUGUAUCGUCCUAUGCAAACUGAAAAGAGACCCUAGUGAGACGUACACCUUUAAGAAUAAAAUGAAGCUGAAUGACGUGGAGCUCAAGGAGACGACGCGAGGGGAUGAGAAGACGUGGGAGGUGUGGCACGAGCACAGGGGGUCGGUGCGCAGGUACACGCUGCAGGGACGCUCGCCGCUCACCAAACUGUCUUGGCUCAAAGACCUGAAGGAGCUGCAGCAACGCGCCGUCCUGCCCGCUAACAGCCCGCCUGUGUUCAAAUCCCUACUGUCGGACUGCACGACCAAGAUGGGACAGACCAUCAAACUGAGCUGCAAUGUCACAGGAACGCCUCUACCCCACAUCACUUGGCUCAAAGAUGGCCUACCUUUGGAAGACGAUCCUCGUCACAUCAUCACAGCCGAGCGCUCUGGCACGUGCAGUCUGGUCUUGGACAGCUUGACCGCGGAAGACUCUGGACAAUAUGUGUGCUACGCAUCCAGUAGCGUGGGCAGCGCCGCCUCUCUGGCUACUCUCGUGGUGCAGGCUCCACCCAGAUUUGUCAGUCGGCUGGAGAGUUCUUGCCUGAUGGAGACGGAGGACAUGGCCUUCACCUGUUCCACCCUGACCACUCCUUUACCGAGAAUCAGGUGGAUGAAAGACGGCCAAGAGCUGACCGACAAGCGUAAAUAUCUCAUCUGCAAUGACGGACGUAGCGGAGUCUUGUCCCUGACCAUCGUCGCCGCCACCCAGGCAGACCUCGGGCUGUACGAGUGCGAGCUGUCCAAUCAGCUGGGUUGCGUCAAGUGCAAGGCCGGCCUGUGCCCCGCCUACGUGGCCCCGGACGAAGACCGGGCGCCUGACCUGCCUCCUAAAGGUAGGACAGCUGUUCAAGAAUCGGAGGUUUGGUCAUCUUCGUUUGUGAAGAAAUGGCUACAAACAGAUACCACGCCUUCUUCUGUUGCUAAGACGAUUCUCCCGCCCACAUUUCAUGAACAACUGGAGCGUGGUAGCGUUGCAGAGGUUUCUGGAUCUGCACCUGCCGAGCCGCGCUACCUGGAGGAGGAAGAAGAAGAACUGUACAUCUCGGAGCAAAUGCAGGAAAUCACAGAUGUUCCUCCCUUAGUGCAAGUUCCCCCCGAGGACGCCUGCGUUGAGCCGGGCCAGCGAGUUACUUUCACCGCCGUUAUUACAGGAAGGCCUACGCCGCAGAUUCAGUGGUACAAGGACGGAGAGGAGCUGACGGCCAGUGAGAACGUGGAGAUGGUGCGACAUGCCGCCCGCUGCUCGGUCACCGUCGUGUGUCCUGAAGGCGAGGACAGCGGCAUUUACACCUGCUUCUCCUACAAUGACUCUGGACGCGUUUCCUGCCAGGCUCAGCUCACCGUGGAGGAAGGUCCACUGGGGUGUCAGGACAGAGAAGUGGAUCUAGGGAAGAGAAGGCAGCUGUUGGCCGUCUAUGACGUAGGAGAGGAAAUGGGAAGGGGGACAUUCGGGGUGGUGAAGCGGGUCACCCACAGACGGACGGGUGAGGUCUUUGCCGCCAAGUUCUUACCCCUGCGGAGCAGCAGCCACACCCGUGCCUUCCAGGAGAGAGACCUGCUUUCCCGUCUGGCUCACCCCAGGGUGGCUUGUCUGCUGGAUUUCUUUUGCACCCGACGCACUUUGGUGCUCAUCACAGAAAUCUGCUGCUCUCAUGGGCUUGUCGACCAUUUGUUACUUCGAGGAUUGGUCUCGGAGAAAGAGGUCCAGUCGUACAUGCAGCAGAUUCUGGAAGGCGUCGGUCACGUUCACAGCAUGAACAUUUUGCACCUGGACAUCAAACCGGAGAACAUCCUAAUGGUGUAUCCACCCAGGGAUGAAAUCAAGAUCUGUGACUUUGGCUUCUGCCAGGAAGUAGACACGUCCCGGCACCAGUACAGCCUGUUCGGUACGCCUGAGUUUGUCGCACCGGAGGUUGUUCACCAGGAACCCGUGAGUGUGGCCACGGAUAUUUGGUCUGUGGGUGUGAUGGCAUAUCUAUGCCUGUUGUGUCGAUGUCCCUUUGUGGGCGAGACCGACCGCGCUACGCUGCUGAGAGUGGGCGAAGGGACUCUAAACUGGGAUUCCCCGGAUGUUAGAUGUCGGAGUCCCGAGGCCCAGAACUUUCUCCGUGCUCUCCUUCAACCAGACCCUGAGAAGAGACCUUCGGCCUUUGAGUGUCUGAGCCACGAUUGGUUCCAGGAUGAAAAUGCAGCGGAAGACACGGAUGAAAUUAACACCAAGAAUUUGAAAGUUUUCCUCUCGAAAAGAAAAUGGCAGCGUUCUUUGACUUGCAUUGGUUCCGUGCUCACAUUGAGACCAAUCCCAGAACUCCUGGACGCUCCUCUCAGGGACACAGCAGUGACUGUCCCCCGUGAACCGCAGCAGAACAGCAGCAGCUCUGUUAGCAGCGGCUCAUCGUCCGAAUAUGAUGAGGCCGACUCUUGGGACUUCUUCCAGCACUGCAGCCCAACUGAGGAGGAGGAAGAAGAAACGGAGGACGACUACGAUCCUUUGAUGGAGAGAGCGCAGAUCCCGGAACAUUUUGCUAUACUUCGCCGAGGUCUUGAGGAGGAGGAAGAAGUGACCUUUGGGGAGGAAGAGGAUGAGGAGUUGGGUGGAAGUAGGAGCGUGUUAGAGCGGAGUAUGAGCAGGCAGUCUGCUGCAUCCUCAGAUGUGUCGUACCUCCAAACUCCUCAGAAUGAACGAAGGUUCAGCAGGGGCAGCAGUCCAUCCCUCAACCUUUCCGAUGGAGACGAGGGUUCCGGGAGCGAUGCGGGUCGAAUCCCUCGUGGCAGCGUCAUCCGAAGCACUUUCCACAGCACAUCCCAUCAACUGUCACCCAUGUCUGCCAGACACAUGACGCUACGAGACAAGUUCCAGGCCAAAAAGCAGGAGAGAGGCCGCAAGCCACUCCGGAGAAGCCUUUCAGGGCGCCUCACAGAACCUCUCAUAGAAUAUGUGGAAGAUGACACUGAGACCAACCGCAGUCAGAGACGGGGAUCCGUCCAACCCACUAUACACAAGUCCACUUCCUUUGACAGCUGCGUUGUCCUCCCCGAAACAAAUGUGCCACCUCAUAGGAGGAGCAGGUCUCUUGAUGAGUACUCUCGACGGUCCCCCAGUUCACCCAAGCGCUCAAAGCCAGGAGACGAAGAAGGUACGCAAAGUCUAAAGGAGGAUUUCACGGAUGAUGAAGUGGCAACGAAGAAGUUGUUGGUUCUUCCAAGCCCUAGGCGACUCACAAGAAGAAAAGGUUCCAUUGCGCCGAUGCAGGGUACCCACACAGCAGGGGGUGUGUCUGGUCCCUUGACCCUUCUUGUUGGUGACAGACUAGGCAGAAGGUUGGAUCCGGAGCAAUCAGAGGGAGAGGCCUUUGCUGGCUCCCAGGGUUCCUUGGCCGAGUCGUCCGCUUUGGAGCAUGGUGGCUCUGAGUCCUCCAGCAGACUUGGUUCUUAUGAGGAGCUCAGAGGCAGAUAUAGAUCAGAAGAAAGUGAAGGGUAUGAUGAUCCAGGAGAACCACUGACUUCACCAUCCCCUCGAUUAUUUCAAGAACUCAAACCCAGAUUCCCCUGUCCUCAAGUCCCACCCCGCAACCGCACACGCUCCAACCCCAACAUAUGUCUCACGCAGACAUCGCUAACACCUAGUCCGAGUCCCAGCCUCUCCUCUCUCCAAGCUCCCAAAAGGCCUCCAAGAUCUAAGGAUAAGAAACAAGGCCUCCAGAGACAUGCUUCUGCACCAGCCCUUGAAGUCCAAACCCUACCAGGAAAAUCUCCCAAACUGGGAUUGCUCAGGCUCUUCCGCAGGCAGUCCUGGACCAGCCAUUCCAGCUCCGAGCUGGACACCGCGCAGUUAGGACCCACUCUAGGAGAGAUAAUGAAGCCAGACACGCCGACCAUGUCGCUCAGAAAGAAAAUGAGAGCCUCAGCCUCAAGUCUUACCAAGCUGUUUUCAAGGUCCUCCAGCAAGGAGGAUCUGAGUAAAGGGCCAAUAGUUAAGAGCGCCAUCUCGCCUGAAAUUGAGCAUGGUCUUCCGAGUCCAAAAAAGAGGACCUCCAAGCGCUUGUCUUCUUUUAAAAUACCAGCAUUCAAAAAAGCCAAAGAUCUUCUAGUCCGUCCCAACAAGGCUGAGGUGAUGCAGCUAGAUGGAGGUGGAGUAUUGCUGGUGUGGAAGCCUGUCCAGUCCAGCGACCCUGUGACCUACUGCGUCCAGUACUGCACAGAAGGCGGAGACUGGACGGUCCUGUCUGAGGAUGUGACGGACAGCAGCUACGUGGCAAAGGACCUACCCAAGGGACCUUCUUACGUCUUCAGGGUGGGCUGCAUCACCGAGACCGGGGCGGGACCGUUCAGUGAAGCUUCAGCUCCCGUUGUCAUGGCAACCCACCCCGAAGACGCUCGCAUUCCCCUCAUCCAGACCGAGCGCCUGGCGUCGAAGAUCACCGGGUCAGAUAGGAGUUACAACUUCCUCUCUGAGAUCAACAGGGGUCGGUUCAGCGUGGUAACCUUAUGUCGGGAUGCCGAGACCAGCCAAGUGUUUGCCGCCAAGAUCACUCCGUACCGGGCGGAGCAGAGACCGCUGGUGCUGAGGGAGUACCAGCUGCUGAGGAGGCUUCACCACACACACCUGGUGCAGCUGCACACUGCCUACAUCACCCCUGGGUACCUGGUUCUGGUGGAGGAGUUGUGUCCUGGCAAGGAGCUGCUCUACAGUUUGGCCGCCAGGGAUCUGUACUCCGAGUCCAGCGUGGCCGAGCUGCUGGCUCAGAUCCUGAGCGCCGUGGACUACCUGCACGGCAGACGCGUGGUCCACUUGGACCUGAAGUCGGACAACAUGCUGGUGGACGACGGCAACCAGGUGAAGAUCGUGGACCUGGGCUCGGCCCAGUCCUUCGUGCCCGGUCAGCCUCUGCACAUCGAGCACCUGCAGGGCCUGUCGGAGAGCAAAGAGCGCCGAAGCAAAGUUUAUAUUGUCCUUCCUAAAGCUCCGGAAAUCCUGGAAGGCCAAGGUGUCGGGCCCGAGACCGAUGUUUGGGCCAUCGGGGUUCUCUUGUUCAUCAUGCUGAGUGCCGACAGUCCCUUCCACGCGGAACACGGCUGGGAACAGGACAAGAACAUCAGGAAAGGAAAGAUCCAGUUUGGGCGUUGUUACCCUGGUUUGUCCGAAGGAGCCUUGAACUUGAUGAAGACCAGCCUGAACAACAAAUCCUGGGGGCGGCCCACGGCAGCCGAGUGUCUCCAGAGCGCGUGGCUGCGGGCGCAGAGGACACGCCCCUCCAAGGUGUGCUUCUCCACCGACAAGCUGAAGGCUUACCUGGCGCAGAAGGAGGAGAAGCGGGAGCAGGUGCGCUGCAAGCUCCAGAGUCCCAUCUUCCAGCAGUAAAGUCCGGAAGCAUCUUUUCGUGACGCGUCUUAAAACAAAAAGCUAGGUGAUGAUUUCUUUAUUUAUGACGGGCCAGUAAGUGUCAGGGAUGAUCCUAGCAGUCCAAACACCUCGUGUGAAAAUGUGCAAAAUUAAUCUGGCUUUCCCAAACACGUGUCAGAAAUAAUUUAUUGUGCCCAAACGGCUUGUUUUUGAUGAAAUAAAUGCCAUAGAGUUGAUGUUUAA